UUUUGUUUACGUCUAGCAACCGGUCGCUUGUGACUCUCCGUUUAGCCGGGGUACCGAUUCUGUCCACUGAUUUAGGGAUCUGUAUACACAGGCUGGUUCGCAAUUGGCUUGCAUGAUAGUGGAUUUUUAAAAAGAACUUUUAAUCUCUGAAAAUACUCCGAAAAUAGAUUUACGUAUACCGGCAUUUAGUUGUUAUUUGUUGUUGUUAUUGUUUUUGUUGUUGUUAAAAUCAUCAGAGUGAUUAAUCCAGGGGCAAAUUUAGCGGCGCAAAGCUGAAUACCCGAAUCAUGCUUAAGUUUAACGAGUUAAGUAAAUUAAAGUAUUAGCCAUGAACAAGAGCGCUAGCAGCCCGUAUUUGUUUAUAAACAAGUUAUUUUAUUUUAAUUGUAUAUGUCUUGCUUGUUCUUAUCGUAAUACGUUGAAUACUAUAAUGUGUUAUGAGUUGUAACCGAUUGGAUGGGCAACUUGUAGGAAUGUAGCACGCCACCAGGAGGCGCCUUUGCAGCGGUUUGUAAAGCAUGUGAUGCUAGACGCUCUGAAACCGUAUCCUGAACUGGGCUCAGCCUGCUUAGAAACUAGCAGCUUCACUGCCCAAAAUAAAACGGCAAUGUGUGUCUUGCGAGGAUGUGGAUGUGGGAGUGUUUAACUGCAGAUUGUUAUUAAUAUGGAUGUGGUGCUGCAUUACAAAGAUCAUCAUGGGAUUUUGUGUAACCUGGUGAGCAGAGCAGAAGGAGCUCUUGAGCACUUCCCACGCCGUGCUAUUCCAGCAUUUAGUCCAUGGUUUCCAUCUGGAUAUGACAAGUCAUUACCAUUAAAGCCACAAAGGGACCCACCUGUUGUUUCUGUGAAAGACCUCAAAGAGGUCAAGGGCUGUUUGCAGCAGCCAGAGCCUCUGGUGGCUUCCAGAAUCACUGAAUAUGCCGAGGGCUUGAAGGACUUCUCUACCUCUCACUUGGAAGGUUUGCGGGCACGGCCAUGGUCGUCUGCUGAGCAUAUAAACUCGAUACAUGGCCAGGAGACGCCCUCAAGUGGGAGAACAAAGCAGAGGAGAUCGUGGAGUGUCUUCUGCCAUGGGAGUGCAUUCAACAAGAACAUCCAGCCAUUCUCCAAGCAGUUUCAGGAGGUUGUAGAACGUUGUCAUCUCCACUUGCUUCAGCGGGCCAAGUGGAUCAUCCGGGAGCUCAACUGUGUUGCAAGCAGUCUGGAACAUGUCUGGACAGUGUUGCUUCGGUCCAUGAGGCAGUCCAAGCUCCCAACUUGCAACGUCAACAUCCAGAGAGACCUGGGCCAGAUAUGGGUGUUUUGUGAUGUUUUAUAUAGUGAAUAUGUUGGACAGUUUCUCAGAUGCGAGUGUCAGCUGACUGGACAGAUCAGUUUAUCCGUUCACAAGCAAGGGGCAGUUUUUAGUAUGUGAAUAUAUGUGGUGGACUUAUGAAUUUGCCUCUUAAGCUUAGUGUUUAUUUACAGAUUGAUUUUAAUUGAACUUCUGUGAAAACUUAUUGUAUUUGUUUUAUGAUACACUCAAAAUUCAUAGUGUGGUUUAGUGUGUGGUAGUGUAAAUUGGUGCACAAGUGCAUUUUCCACAUUUGUAAAUCAGCAGGUCUUUUUAAUGACUGCUUUGCUUCUUUGAGUCUUAUUAAGAUCAUGGGUGAAUAUUUAACUAUUCUUUCAUUUUGAGUCAAAAAUCCACAAUCCAUUUAAUUUUAGACCUUCAUUUGUCUAAUUUACUAAUAGUAUGAAGGUGCUUAAAUGCUCAUACCCGAAAUAUGUCAAUUUCUUUGAAUAACAGGUCAUUAUAAAUGAAAUUACACAGAGCAAAGAGUGUCAUAUUUAUAUGUAAACUGGAUGUCAUUCAAAUGAAAAUUGAAAAUGUAAAAAAAACAUUCAAAAAUGAUUUUAAAAACUAAAAAUAGACUAUAAUAACAAACACUGGUGUCCGAAUCUGGUGAGUUGAGCACCUCUCCUGGAGAGCUGCAGUGGUCACAUACAGCUGAUGUUCAGAAGGGGCUACAGCACUGUCUGUGCAGCAGAUGUCUCAUUUCACUGGGAGAUGCUUUCCUGACAUGAAGCAAAGUUUUGUCUUACCACAGAACUGCAGCAUGAUGGUAGAUGCAUUUUGAUACAAGAAUGAACUUCGCCUUGAUCUGUUCAUUAAAGAAACAUGAACUGUUUAGUCAGAAGCCUAUUUCACAUGACGGAAAUGUGCAUGGAAGCACAAAUAUCAAAUGAACUGUUUAAAAUAAACAGUGCUGGUUUCUCACCCACGCAAAUAAAAAUGGUCGUCAGUCAUGA